UGGUUGCCCUCUUUAACUAAAAGUUUAGAAUUUCUAUUUUAAAAACUCGAUCUUUUUGAAUCGAAGUCGUAAACGUGCCGCGCGCGAUCUAUCGGCAGCAAGUGAAACUUGCAUUUAAACGAAGCAAGAGCGUUUGUUGCAUAUCACGCUUUAAGUUAUUUCUCGUAUUUGUUUUAUUUAUAUUUUUCAAACUUUGAAUGUAAAGUAGCAGUGAUGAUAGUAAACAUUAUAAUCGUUAAACUUUCCCGAUGUUAGCUGGUCUUACAAUUGUACUUAACCUCAAACACUCAAAAGAAAACAUGAUCGUAUUUACAUCUUCGUGAUUCAUUGAGGGACUAAAAUUAAGAUGUUGCACUCCACGGGAACGUUAUCGCCUGAAGACAUCCUGGCAGAAGUUAGAAAAUUUAUCUCGGGGGCAGUUCGACCGACUCAUAGCACGAGCACGCUCGAUGUAACGCGGACAGCCCUCUCUUUACUUCGACAUGUGCCUGCUGCAAGAGACGCGGUGCUUGAAUAUUUCUGCAAUGUAUUUUUUAUUGCUGUUACCAAAUAUGUUCGCCAGCUCGAGACGAAUCAGAACUUGGCGAUAUGUGAGGAGACUAUAAUAGCAGAGAUUCACACUGUUUUAAGCAGCUUCAUUAAUGGAAAUCCAGAAGCGUGGGCGCCAAUUAUUUCAGCAUGGUCAUUGGAACUGUUAGGUAAACUUUCCUCAGAAUAUGCAAAACGUGGAAACUUGCCUUCGAAUGCUGGAAUUAAUGAUUUUCUUCAACAAUGGAUGUCUUGUUGCGCCACUCGUACUUUGAUCGAUAUCACAGCCCAAUGUCUUCAAUGUCUUAUGCAUUCAGACACAGAGUCUUGCAUCAAAGCAUUGUUAGACACUAGCGUGUUGCAUAGUCCCCAUUUUGAUUGGGUAGUAGCUCAUGUUGGAAGCUGUUUCCCAAAUACAGUUAUUACCAGAGUAUUGUCAUGUGGUUUGAAGGAUUUUUGUGCAAUGGGAAAUGAACAUAAUGUUAAAAAUCCUAAAUUGAAUUCCGUAGUUGGAAUUCUAGGGCAUUUGGCUGGUAGUCACUUUCAAGAUAUUACAGCAGCAUUAUUAGACUUAUUCAAAUGGAGUUUACAGGAAGAUGUAAAUAUAGAUGAGGAUACAAAGAAUCAGAAAUUGGCUACUGUUCCAUUUCUUUUAAAUUUGGCCUCUCUUUCGCAAACUCUUUUAAAAGCAAUAACUAGUGACGUGUUACAGACAUUAAAGCCAGAUAUUAUCCCACAAUUAGCUUUAUUUGCAUCAGACUGGUGUAGAUACUUUGAUAAUCAACCAGAAGCUCUAGUAGAUUUAACUGUUCACUUGAUACUAGGAUGUGAACAAGGAGGGUCUCAGUUAAUAAAUAUUUUAUUGGAUACAAGUUUGAGCACAAGUAAUGUGGGAUAUCAUAGCGUUAAUGCUGCACAAAGUGUGAAAAGUGUAUGUUCUGAGAUACUAGAGUUAGUAUUGCAAGAAAUUGAUUUACUUUUAAGGACACAAGGGCCACAAUCUGCAAAUAUUGCUUUAUUAAAUUCAAUUAAACAGGAAUUUGUAGUGAUAUUACCUUUACUUUUAAGUCAAAUUCCGCUGCGAGUUCAGACAGCCAUUAGACUGCUAUGUUUCCUUGGAAGUCAAAGCCCCAAUAUAUUAAUAUCUGCAGCGUCGUAUAUGUUAAUCAAAGCUGUAACUACAUUUCAUCUUGCUGCUUUGAUACGACUUGUUUCUAAUAACAUCAUAUUAUUUUCCUCUAAUAAGUCUGAAACUGAAAAUAUAUUAGCUAGCCACAGUUACUUUACACAAAUAGUAGAACAAUCUCUUAGGGAUAUAAACUACAGAAGUGUCAUAGGGAAACAAGAACCGGGACGAUUCUUCCAAAAUCUUACAAUAUUGCUGAAGUGGGAAAGGUCUAACAAGGCAGUAGUAUUUCGGUCAAAAAUGAUAACUCAAGCUAUAAAAUUUAAUUUGCCCCAAAUUUCCGCUUUGUUAACAAAGACGACUGAUUUCGAUUUAGCUAAUGACAUUGCUGAAAUGUUGGACUUGUUUAGCAUGCCUGAGAAAGAUAAUUUUACCCCAAAUGUAGAACUUACUUUAAAAUUAACAAGAGCUGUAAUUCAGUAUUUCUUUUUAUGCAUAGUGGAAGAUGAUAUCACGAAAAAACAGCAAGGUGUGAAAAUUGUUUGCCAUUUAUUAAAAGAUUUAACUUUUUAUUCUCCAUGUGCUCGAGUUUUAGCUCUAAGACAAAUUUUGGAACACAGUAUCAAUAAUGAUCCCGCUAAAUAUUUCGGUGCAAAGGAAAAAUUUGAACCAAAGUUUGAGGAAACAUUACUUUUGCAUCAAAAUCACAAACAGGUUACAAGCACGAUGUUAGCUCAGAAACAUUCUUCUGUAUUUCAUGCUGGAGUAAUUGGACAUGGUCCUCGGAGACUACCACCACAGAAUAACAUUGACAAAGAAAUUAUUGCUCUCAAUAAAAUACUACUGAUUGAUGUAAUAAAGGCAUGUUGUAGUAAUCGUGAAUCGGAACGAUAUCCUGUUAAUCUAGAUGCUUUAACAAUGGUCAGUUUAUUGUUAGUUGAAUUAGUUUCACCUGAUGUUAUGUAUAAUGGAUUACCAUGGCCUGAUGAAGAAUUUACAAAGGUUACUAUAGAACGAGAUUUACAAAUCCAUCGAACAUUCAAGGAUGUUCCAUUAUUGUGGACAUUGUUAGAGCUGACAGCUUGGUACAGACCAGCUUUAGCUUAUUGCUCGGUUUUAUUAAGAGGUAUUGCUGCUACAGUUAUGGCCAACUGGAAUAUAGACGAAGGUGUUUUACUCGUAAGCGUUAUGGCACUUGGUCAGCUGUUACCGCCUCCGUUAGCAAGUAUAAGAGAUGUCUUGCCAGUUUUAGAACCGCAUCAGAUAAAUACUAUAAUGAAAGAAUGUGUAUGGGCCUAUAUGCGCGAAAAUGUUCCAUCACCCGCUCUUUUCACGCGUAGCGAAGGCGCUAACAUCGCUUGGCGAGAUACGGAUACUUCUACACCAAAUUCACGGUUUACGGAAACGCUUCGUUUACUUUUGUUAUCCAAUAUUCACACAUUGGGUCCGCUUUAUGCUGCCCUCUUUUUACAAUAAAAAUGAACAGUUGAAUUUUCUAACGUAUGUACAUAUUUCUAUGAAUAAAAUAACAAAUCUAUAAUAAAUCAA